AUGAUGAAUAUCUCCAUUACUAAAAGUUUUCAAUUGUUAGCAUUUUCUAGUAAUGGUAUGAGACAACCCUUAUUAUUUAUUGUCUUCUUUGCACUGUACUUUAUUGGUGUUCUAGGAAAUCUCAUUAUUCUCAUAGUGAUUGUGAUAGACAGACACCUGCAUACCCCCAUGUAUGUCUUCCUAAGUAACCUGUCUUUUUUGGAUAUCUGUUAUAUGACUAUUACCCUUCCAAAACUAAUGUAUAUUCUACUCUCCGGGGACAAUGCUAUAUCACCGUUACAGUGUUUUACUCAGUUGUACUUUUACAAUUUCAUUGUUGUGAUGGAGAUAAUUUUGCUGUCAGUCAUGGCCUAUGAUCGCUAUGUGGCUAUCUGUAAACCCUUACACUAUCAUCUCAUCAUGAACAAAAAGAACCUGGUCCUGUUAUUGUGUGUGAACUGGAUGCUGGGAUGUUUGAACUCAUUACUUUUGAUAUGUUUCAUCUCACAAUUGUCUUUUUGUCAUUCCACGAAUAUUCAUCACUUCUAUUGUGACACCAAAGCUUUAGUAAAAAUUUCAUGUCCCACAAAACUCUUUCAAAUAUUAUAUCGCCUUGAAUCUUUAUUAUUCGGACCGGUCCCAUUCAUGAUUGGGUUGUUGUCCUAUAUCCAGAUCAUCCGGACCAUACUGCAACUAAAGUCAACAAAUAGCAGAAGAAAAGCUUUCUCCACCUGUACUUCCCACCUUACUGUUCUCACUAUCUUCUAUGGAACAGUUAUAUGUACCUAUAUGACCCCAGUCUCAGAAUAUUCUGGAAUUAAUGAUCAGUUAUUCUCAGUAUUGUACGCGGCAGUGACUCCCAUGUUAAACCCCCUCAUAUAUAGUCUUAGAAACAAAGAGGUAAAAAACGCAUUGUUGUUUCUAAUAUCACACAAAUAA